GCAGCAUGCUGAACAAUAGAGGGUUUCCUUUUUACCCUGUAGAAAAUCUUCAUCCCCAACACCGCUAGUGCUGUCAUCUGCAGGCUCCUGUUUGAGAUUUAAUCAUGUUUGGCCUCAAAGGAACUAAGUGCACACCUGUAAUACGAGGGAUGAUUCUGUGGGCUCUAUUGACCAACAUCAUGUUGGUGCUGUACUGUUUAACGAACCCAGCUCAAGUGAAGAUCAGGGGCUAUCAGGAAGAUACGUGUCCUCUCAGCAUGGCAGUAUUAUCGAAGAAAAAUGUGACCACGCAUUCUGAACGCUCCAAAUCCCAGUCAGAAGAGUGCUCCCCUGCAGUCAACAUCAUGUUCAUGAAGACCCAUAAAACUGCUAGUAGCACUAUACUCAACAUCCUGUUCCGAUUUGGGGAAAAGCACAAGCUUAAAUUCGCCUUCCCUGAUGGACGCAAUGACUUCUUCUAUCCAUCGGCUUUCAUGUGCUCCCAGGUGAAGGACUACAAGCCUGGAGACUGUUUCAAUAUUGUUUGUAACCACAUGCGCUUUGACCGCCGAGAAGUCGCCAAGCUCCUGCCUCCGGAUGCCAUGUACAUCACCAUCUUACGUGACCCUGUGGAUCUGUUUGAGUCGUCCUUCCAUUAUUAUCACAGAGCAGUUCCUCUCACGUGGAGGAUCAGUGGAGAUAACAAACUGGAAGAGUUUCUAAACAAUCCUCAGACCUUUUACAGCGCUGAGGCUUACAACUCGUUCUAUCUUAGAAAUCUGCUCUUUUUUGACUUGGGUUUUGAUAACAACGUUGAAGCUGAUGACCCUCGUGUCAUGAGGGACAUUCAUAACUUAUCAAAACAUUUUGAUUUGGUGCUCAUAGCAGAAUAUUUUGAGGAGUCUCUAAUCCUGCUUAAGGACACACUCUGUUGGACCAUGGAGGACAUAAUAUAUUUUAAGCUAAAUGCUCGCAAGAGUUCAUCUGUAUCUCGACUGACCCCUGAGUUCAGAGCCAAAGCUUUAGAGUGGAACGGGGCUGACUGGAGACUGUAUCAGCACUUCAAUGCUACCUUCUGGGCCAAAAUAGAAAGGUAUGGCAGAGAACGAAUGAAAAAGGAGGUCAAUGAGCUGAGGAGAAGAAAUGCAGAGAUGAAAGCAAUCUGUAUCGAGGGGGGAAAUGCAGUUGAAGCCCAAAAGAUUCAGAACAGUCGUUUUCUGCCCUGGCAGCCGGUUGGAGAGUCUUCCAUCCUGGGUUACAACAUGAAGAAAGAUAUUGCUCCCAAAUUCAGGACAGUUUGUGAAAAGAUGCUCACUCCGGAAAUACAGUACUUGACAGAUUUGGGUGUAAGUCUGUGGCUCACUCGACUAUGGGGUUGGAUAAAAGAUACCAUUUUUACAGUUUGAUUUGGAUUAAAACAUUUACAGCAACAAUAUAGCAAAAACAAUCCUUCAACAUGUACUGUAUGUGCCUUCUUGCAGCAAAUGUUUUCUUGUUUUAGUACUUUCUUUUACAUGAUGCAUCCUUAGUGUUAAGUCACAUUUGUCACCUAGAAGCUGAAUUCCUGGAUGCAUUUGGAUGGUGUUACAUUCAUUAAAUUAUUACCACUCCCAAAUGGGCCUACAGAUGGGUCACUGUUAUCUCAGAUAGCUCCAUUAAUCAUCUAUUGGGCCCUUAAUUCUUUGUUGUAUCUUUCAAAAUUAUGCAUGAUGUCAAAACAAUGCCAAGACCAUCUGUUUACAUUCUUUUUAAAAAUGGAUUCAGGCUUAAUGUUUGAACAGCAAUAUUCCUCUAUGUUGUACCUAAAUCAGUAAAACUCUACAGUUGAGGCUCACUUCCUUGGUAAGAGUUACAUAUUCAGUGUUUCAGAAAUAUAGUGCAUUUGGCUUGAUUGAAGUGUUUCUGACUGAAAAAUAUAUGUUUUAUGGGAUAUAACGUACUUGCAGUGGUCUCAGGCUAGAAAUAGGGUGUGACCACGACGACUGAACCACCAGUUACGGCUGUAUUGUUGCUGAAAGUACAGUUGCUAUUAUUCAAAAGGACAGGAAGUGCUAGUGUGCCAUCUAAAGGCCUGAGACUUAAAAGCAGUUGUUUGCAAUGCAUUUGAACAGCUGUGGCCUCAUCUGAUCUUGCUCUGAUGGUUUACAUAAGAUGUCUUUCAUUGUUCACUGUAAUAAUGGUUUCUCAUGGCAUGCAAAAAGCUAAAAAUGUAUUUUGUGUACAUUCGAACUUCAAUUCAGGCUCAUGGCCAUUCACCUUCUGGGUUACAAAUAAUUUGUUAUAGGUGCUUGAAGCUGAUACAGCAGACAUAUGGUAGCCAUUUGCAGAGAUCUUAUGUACAGCGUGGGCAUGAGAAUCAUCAUUUAUUUAAAUCAAUGAUUAAAUAAACUGUAGCAAAAGUAGUAACUUUGAAAUUUGCCAGCCUCGGGCACCUAUUUUGUAAAUGUGUUGCAACUUACUUGUUUUAUAAUAUGCUAUGUAACUACAAUUUGUAAUUUUUAUUACUGUAUAAGUUAUAUCAUUUGUCAUAAAUGGAUUUUCAAAUAAACAUGGUAACAACAAGCAUAGUGCUUCUUACAUUAGUAUGUGGCAUUUUGGUCUCAAAAUCAGUCUGAAGCAUUUGCUAUUUCUGUCUUUCCAUUUGCAACUUUAUAAUAAAGUAAAUGUGUGUGUAUAUAACAUUUUGCAUCAUCAAAUACUGUUUUUGCAGUAGCACUGGACAAGAAAAUCUGAACUGAGAGACAAUGUUUCUUAACUGGUUUCUUACCUCCAUAGUGAUACUUUAAAAAUGAGUGGGCAGGAAAUGUGUUCCGACAUAAAAGAAACAUCAAAACCUAUAAAAACAGCUGUGGCUCAAUUGAAAGGAAACAAGUAUCCAUCCACUGCAUAUUUUGAAAAGGCUUGCAAACACGCAGUGAACAAAUGUUCAGUUUUAUCAGAAAUAACUGCAUUACGCAAUUCUUCCAUGUCCCUUUACCAAGACACUUGUUUAAUUUGUAAAUGAAAGCUCUUGACACA